GUCACCGAAUUGCGUUUUUAAACCUGUCAUUUUUUAAGACAGGAGAGAGCCUUGUUGUUUCUCUCGUUUUUGCAAGCUUGAUUUUUUUUUUCUUAUUUAUUCCUUGACACUUACCCUCUUUCUUCUUGCUAUGAAGGACUAACUUUUCCUCCUUUUAGGUUACGGUGUAGUUGCGAGGACUGUUGAGAGUUUAAUUCACAAGUUUUGCAUUCAAAGCCUCCUUUCUCUGGCUUAAUCUCUCCAGACUACAUUCCCAGCCCCUUACUGCAACCAAGUAAUGAGAAAUGAGUUCCUCGAAAAUGGAUCUGUCUUCUCAUGGUUCACCAGCAAGCAUUAUAGAAACAAUUGCUUUACAACUAGCAUGCAGUCCAGUAGAUAAGAAAGUUGCUCUUCGCUUAGAUGAAGAAGACGAGCUAAAACACCUUCGUGAAUGUUUCCACAUUCCCAAAGUGAUGGAUCUGCCUCCAACCAAUCCAGCUUUAGUGAAGGAGAAUAAAAACUGCAUCUACUUUGCUGGGCACUCUCUUGGUCUUCAGCCAAAGAAAAUUAAAACUUACUUGGACGAAGAACUUGACAAGUGGGCUAAAAUAGGUGUCCAUGGUCAUUUCAGUGGUAAACGUCCUUGGGCUUUGGGAGAUGAGUGCAUUGUCGAGCUUAUGGCUGAGAUUGUGGGGGCUCAUAAAGAAGAGGUAGCGUUAAUGAAUGGUUUGACAGUUAAUCUACAUCUCCUAAUGUUAACAUUUUUUAAGCCUACCUCAUAUCGCCAUAAAAUCCUUUUGGAAGCAAAAGCAUUUCCUUCUGAUCAUUAUGCUGUUGAGUCUCAGCUCCAGUUUCAUGGGCUUGAUAUGGAGAAGAGUAUGCUUAUGAUUCAACCACGAAAGGGGGAGGAAACCUUGAGAACUGAAGAUAUCCUUGAUAUAAUUGAGAAGGAAGGAGACUCAGUUGCUGUAAUUCUUUUCAGUGGGGUGCAGUACUACACGGGACAGCUGUUUGACAUACCACGGAUAACAAAGGCUGGUCAAGACAAGGGUUGCUUUGUUGGAUUUGACCUGGCCCAUGCUGUUGGCAACGUAGAAUUACAUUUACAUGAGUGGGGAGUUGACUUCGCUUGCUGGUGUUCUUACAAGUACUUGAAUUCUGGAGCCGGGGGUCUAGCUGGUGCUUAUAUUCAUGAGAAACAUUCCAAGUCUAUGAAACCAGCGUAA